AAAACACUGUAACGUAACACACACAACAACAACAUAACCUGCCCUGCUGACCUGACUGUUCUUCCGUUCUUCGUUCUUGUUAACUGUCGCUGUUAUUCUCUACUAACUUGUGUGUUGUGUACUAACUGCCUAUUUCGAAGACAAUAAUUUCAGGUUAGUUGACAACAUCAAGAAAUAUGUACAAACUAUUAAAAUUAGCUGGACUUUCUCAAGUUGUCAGAAAAAGUACAUGUAGGCCUAGGCCUACUUGCCACAGAAACAUGCUAAGACUAUCCGCUAUUUCAAAUAACUUUCAAGAUUCUAUUUCCUUAUGCCAGGUGCUUCAGCUACAGCUAAGUACUCUAUCUUAUCAAAAUAAAAGGGUAGGCCUACUCAACAUUUUGGGACUACACAGAGGCACAUCAAGUAAGCCUAUAGACAUGUCGACAAGUGUUAGUGAUGAGUUCCGCCACCUUGACUACAAACAGCUGAUUGAGACUAAGAACAGCCCGAACAACAUUGUGAUUGAUGUGAGAGAGAAGAAGGAACUGGAUGAAACUGGAGUAAUCCCUGGAGCUCAUCAUAUUCCUCUUGGUGACAUUGAAACAGCAUUCAACACCCCAGAAGAUGAAUUCAAGAAGAAGUACAAUUUUGAAAAGCCAACAACGGAGGAUUCAGUCAUCUUUUCUUGUAGAUCUGGAAAAAGAAGUUUGGUGGCUUUAGAAAAGGCUUUAGCUAGUGGAUUCAAAAAUGCCAAACACUACAAAGGAGGCUGGUUGGACUGGGAGAAACACCUAUCCGAGUCUAAAAACUAAACACUCCUUAAACGUUCACUACUAGAAGACUGUUAUUGAGCUAUUAUUCUAUUAAAAAUUGUAAUAAGAUGUUACAAACAGAGAAGAUUAAGGAUAUCGUUAUAGUUAUAAUCAAAGUUAGUAUAGUACAGUACAACAACAAUGAUUUAUGACUGCCAAAAUGUCUCAUAAGGUUUUAUCAAUAUUUUAUUAAAUCUAAGGUAAUUCAAUGAAUCAUUAAUUUGUAGAAUUUGCUAGGGUGCUUAUAAACAGUCCUAAUUCUAAAUAGAUUUUUUCUUUUUCAGAUCAUUACUAUGGCAUUAUUAAUCUAGAAUUUUUCUCUGAAAAAAAAAUAAUCCAAUGUUUUUAAUUGGACAAAUUUAAUAGGUGCUCAUUUACAUCUAAUCAUCAUUCAAACAACAAUUUAAUAGGACAAAAUUAAGAAGUUGUGAAGAUUGUAAUUGUAUUUCUUGUAAAAGAUAUAUAAUUAUUUGAUCAAAUGUUUGGUUUGGAGGGAAUAAUGUCAAUUUUCUUAACGUAUAUCUGCGCCUUAAUUUGUCAAAAAAGGGUAAUUGACAAAGACAAUGAUCAAUACACUGAAAACUACACAACUGUUGAACAAUAUGUUAGCUCCAAAUCAUAUAGAUAGCUUAAAUAGACAGUACUUUCAAAGCUUAAGCUGUACUCAACUAUUGUAAGUAAUUUUACUUUAUAGUAAAUUAAUUAUUUUUCUGUGUAUAUUAUAAUCAUGGUGUUAUAAUAGGUAUAUAGUUGGGUAGCUGAGAGGUAAUAGUGCUCGCCUAGUAAUCAACAGGUCGCUGGGUCGAUCCUGAGAAAAGUUAGUAGCUUUUGGAUUGUUUGAAACUAGACCCAGCUGUCCUUGAUCAUUGGGCCUAAAUGGUCCUGGCUAAUGAAACAGCUGGUCUCAAUCAGUAACAAGCUAUUCAAUAUCAGAGGCGUAAGUACAAUGAUAAGUACAUCGCCAUAGAUUUCCGUGACCGCGGCCAAAUCUUGAAUAUCUCCAUCUUCAUGUAGAUUUCGUCUCCCACGGUCGUGCAAAUUCGUCAUCGUUUUCCGUGAUCGUGGCAACAUCUUGUACAUCAUCCGCAGUCUUGUAGCUUGUCGACAUCAUCAUCGUCUCCCGCAGUCACAGUAACGUCAUCUUUUUUAACGGAAAAAUCAUGAAUAUAUUCUUCUGUCUUGAAGACAUCAUCUUCAUCUUCUGCGGCCACGAAAAUAAGGUCAACUUUCUCUGCGAUUGUGGCAAAAUCGUGAAUAUCUUCUUCAGUCUUGUAGACAUCAUCUUCGUCUCCCGCAGUAACAGAAAGUACUUCAACUAUUUCUGUGAUAGCGUCAACAUCAUGAAUAUAUUCUUACUUCUUGAAGACAUCAUGUUUGACUCCCGCGGUCACGGAAGCAACGUCACUCUUUCUUCGUGAUUAAGGUGGAUUAUCAGCCCCCUACACAUCAGCGCCAUCCCCACACUGCGGGGGUGUUAUUUACACCUCUGCAAGGCAUCCCACCCAUUCAUUCAUUCUACACUCAUAUUUGCAGGGUGUCUAGUAGUCGGGAAAAUCGGGAAAGUCGGGAAUUAGUAUUGAAUUUCAAAAUGGUCUUGAAAAGUCGGGAUUUAGUCUUAAAUUUGAUUUCAAAGUCGGGAAUUUUCAUGAUUUUGCCGCGAUCGUCGUCUUGCGUUUACGUAACCGCAAAAGCCAAUGAUGAUGUCUACACGGCCUCGGGAAAUGUUCACGAUUUUGCCGCGAUAGUGGACGACGACGAUGCCGUUUCCGAAACCACGAGAGACGACGAUGACGUUUCUGUGACAGCGGGAGACUACGAUGACGUUUCCGUGACCGCGGGAGACGACGAUGACGUUUCCGUGACCGCGGGAGACGACGAUGACGUUUCCGUGACCGCGGGAGACGACAAUGAUGCCUACACGGCCGCAGGAAAGGUCCAUGAUUUUGCCGUGAUCGCGGACGACGACGAUAACGUUUUCCGUGACCGCGGGAGAUGACGGUGAUGUCUAAACAGCCGCGGGAAAUGUUCAUGAUUUUGCCGCGAUCGCGGACGACGACGAUGGCGUUUCCGUUACUGCGGGAGACGACGAUGACGUUUUCGUGACCGCGGGAGACGACGAUGAUAUCUGCUCGGCCGCGGAAAAUGUUCAUGAUUUUGUCGCGAUCGCGGACGACGACGAUGACGUUUCCAUGACCGCGGGAGAUGACGAUGACGUUUCCGUGACCGCGGGAUAUGACGAUGACGUUUCCGAGACCGCGGGAGACGACGAUGACGUUUCAGUGACCGCGGGAGACGACGAUGAUGUCUACACGGCCGCGGGAAAUGUUCAUGAUUUUGCCGUGAUCGCGGACGACGACGAUGACGUUUCCGUGACCGUGGGAGAUGGCGAUGACGUUUCUGUGACCGCGUGAGACGACGAUGAGGUCUACACGGCCGCGGGAAAUGUCUAUGAUUUUGCCGUGAUCGCGGACGAUGACGAUAACGUUUCCGUGACAGCGGGAGAUGACGGUGAUGUCUAAACAGCCGCGGGAAAUGUUCAUGAUUUUGCCGCGAUCGCGGAUGACAACGAUGACGUUUCCGUGACCGCGGGAGAUGACGAUGACGUUUCCGUGACCGCGGGAGAUGACGAUGACGUUUCCGUGACCGCGGGAGAUGACGGUGAUAUCUGCUCGGCCGCGGGAAAUGUUCACGAUUUUGCCGCGAUCGAGGGAGAUGACGAUGACGUUUCCGUGACCGCGGGAGACGACGAUGACGUUUCCGUGACCGCGGGAGACGACGAUGAUAUCUGCUCGGCCGCGGGAAAUGUUCAUGAUUUUGUCGCGAUCGCGGACGACGACGAUGACGUUUCCAUGACCGCGGGAGAUGACGAUGACGUUUCCGUGACCACGGGAGAUGACGAUGACGUUUCCGAGACCGCGGGAGACGACGAUGACGUUUCAGUGACCGCGGGAGACGACGAUGACGUUUCCGUGACCGCGGGAGACGACGAUGAUGUCUACACGGCCGCGGGAAAUGUUCAUGAUUUUGCCGCGAUCGCGGACGAUGACGAUGACGUUUCUGAGACCUUGGGAGACGACAAUGAUAUCAUUGAUGUAUACAAGGCCGCGGGAAAUGUUCAUGAUUUUGCCGUGAUCGCGGACGACGACGAUCACGUUUCUGUAACCGCUGCAGUCAAUGAUGUCUAAACCGUGACAUGGUACGUCUCUUGAUGACGGUUCGGAUUUACGGUACGUGGAAGAUUUCAUGAUUAAAAUAAACCAAAUUUGCUAGUUAGAACUUUUUAUUGCUGCAUUAUUUCUUUACUUGAAAACACCACAUUAUCAUAAUACUACUUGAUGACAAAGACAGGGGUUGGUGUAGUAUUAUUCAGAAAAUUUGGUUAAGCUAUAAAAAUUGGUAUCGGUAUCAAGAAUCGAGAAUCGAUACAUUUUGGUAUCAACACCCACUAAUUGUUGAAAAAACUAGUCUUGAAAAAUCUGGAAUUAGUCUUGAAAAGUCUGGAAUUAGUCUUGAAUUUUAUAAUGGAAAUAAACUAGACACCCUGUAUUUGGGUUAAAACUAGGUGACAUCCCCAUCACAAUUUGGUAAUUUUAGUUAAUUUGCUCGGGCCAAUUCCUUCACGACCAAGUUUAAUUAGGAUGCUUUGUCAUUGGAGUUUGUACAGUUUUAACUUUAUAUUUAUUGGAAUAUUUAUUUGUAGUCUUUAAAUCAUAUGUUAUAUGUCAUAUGUCCUACUUAACAUAACAGUACUUGAGCAAAAUUUCAAUUGUUACCUGUGAAAAAUAAAUUAUUAAAUAAAUAUAUUUAUGCAAUGUUGA